CUUUCGAAUGGGACUGCCACAUAAAUCUCUCCUUUGAGUGGACCACCAAAUAGCUCAAGCAAGACACACCAUCAUGGCCAACUUCGAUAACAGUCAUGUCACCGCAUUGACUGCACUCAUCAAUGAUGCCGUUCAAGAUGUUAUCGCCGAGUAUGCUGCGGUCGGACAAGCGAUUCCAUCACUCAAUUCCCUCAAACCUGGUCCCUUCCAAGUACCAGCGGAGACUCCUGCCCGACUGAUGAAAGCUAUCAAAAUAAUUGAAGCCGCUUGUGCUCAACUCACAUACACUGUCUCCCCGCCUGGUUCUGUCAUGCUCAAUAAAGCAUUGGAACAUGGGGAGGCGGCAUGCUUAUCUGUUGUGACGGAAGCUCGAAUGGCUGAUCUCCUACUUGAUCAACCUGCUGGCCUCCCAGCCUCGAAACUAGCAGAUAUCGCCGGUAUCCAUGCGGGCAAACUAACUCGGAUCCUACGCCUUCUUGCUACGAAACAUUGUUUCAAGGAAGUUCAGCCGGGAGUCUUUGCUAAUAACAGGCUGAGUAUGAAGCUGCUCUCGGCGGAUCCAACGUCAGCCUUGGUUCUUCAAAGGACGGACGACGGUCUUCUGGCUUCCGCGUACCUCAACAAAACAAUGUCAAAAGAUGAUAACGGAAUACCGUAUCAACGUGCCACUGGAUUUCCUUACUUCGAUUUCGAUAGCCAACCUGACGGAUUGAAACGAAGUGAGCGCUUUGCACGUACCAUGGUCGGCUGGGGUCAAAUCUUUGGCAAGGAGCAUUUUCUUCCUCAAGCCUACCCUUGGAGUGUUCAACCACCAGAGACUACUAUCUGCGACGUUGCUGGGGGAAAUGGAUUUGCCACAAUGGCUCUUUUGAAAGCCCAUCCGCACCUUAAUCUGGUCCUCCAGGAUCAAACGCAGAUAAUAGAUAGGGCGCGAGAGUUUUGGGUAAAACAACACCCGAGUGCGGUGCAGAAAGAACGUGUCAAAUUUGUACCAUUUGAUUUCUUCAAGGAUGCACCUGUUCGAGGAUGUGAUAUUUACUAUCUUUCUUUUAUCUUACACGAUUGGCAAGACCGUGAAAGCAAGAUCAUAUUGAACAACAUCCGGAAAGCUAUGAAGCCAGAAAGUAAACUCAUCAUUCAUGAGAUCGUACUGCGCAAUGCGCUUUCGAAUACCGAUGAAUUUACGGCAGAAGCAUACUUUGACGUCGCUCCUAAGCCUCUACUACCAAACUAUGGUGUAGCCCGUGCCCGGACGUACGAGCUCGACAUUGCCAUGAUGACCUUGUUGGGUUCACAAGAGAGAACAUUGGCUGAAUACGUUAACUUGUGUCAUCAAUGUGGGUUGAGAUUCAGCAAACUGUACGAGGCUGGCGAAAUGGACUUGAUGGAAUUCAGUCUAGUUUAGCGCCAAAAGAAAUCUUGUCGCACUGGCUUGAAGGACUCUGAGUGGCUGGCUUGUUGAGCGUCGGACAUGUGUACCUCGUCGCAAUAUUAUCUGAUAAUACGUAUGCCACGCCAAAACUGCA